ACACACACACACACACACACACACACAAACACACACCCCUUCACCUCUCUGUAUAAAACUCCCUCUGUUUCUGUACAAUAGCCAUUCUCUCUUCCGUCUCUGUCCCUCUGUCUGUCUCUCGUGUCUGGUGAUAGCACACCUUCAUACAGCCAUGUCAGACGUAGAGGAGGAAUACGAGGAGCAGGCAGAGGAGGUUGAGGAGGAGCAGGAAGAAGAGGCCGACCAGGUGGAGGAGGAUGUAGAAGAGGAGCCAGAGUACCAAGAGGAGGAGCGCCCCAAACCCAAGCCUAUUGUGCCUCAACAUGCUCCCCCAAAGAUCCCUGAGGGAGAUAGGGUGGAUUUUGAUGACAUCCACAGAAAGCGUAUGGAGAAGGACUUACUGGAGCUGCAUACUUUGAUCGACGUCCACUUUGAACAGAGGAAGAAGGAUGAGGAAGAACUUAUUGGCCUCAAAGACCGAAUUGAGCACCGUCGUUCAGAGAGAGCUGAGAUCCAGAGGGUUAGAGCAGAGAAGGAGAAGGAUAGACAGAACCGGAUUGCGGAGGAGCGUCACAGAAAAGAGGAAGAGGAGGCCAAGAAGAAGGCUGAUGAUGAUGCCAAGAAGAAGAAAGUGCUGUCUGGCAUGGGAGCAAACUUUGGAGGCUUCCUGACCAAGGCUGAUACGAGGAAGGGCAAGCGCCUGACAGGCCGAGAGAUCAAGAAGAAGACUCUGGCUGAGAGACGACAGCCCCUAACCUUCGACACUAUGAGGGAGGAUGCGCUCAAGCAACGGGCCCAGGAGAUGUGGAACUGCAUCUACCAGCUGGAGUCGGAGAAGUUUGACUUCAUAGAGCACAUGAAACACCAGAAAUACGAGAUCAUCGUGCUGCUGAACCGGAUCCAGCAUGCUCAGAAAUUUAAAAAGAUCCAUGGCAAAGGGAAGGUGGGUGGUCGCUGGAAGUAAAACGGGGGGGGGGGGGGACAUUUUGAAAAAGGAGAAAACAAAACAGGGUUGCCGUGUAGAAAUGGAGGAGGGACGCUCUCCACGGUCUCCUCGUUCCGGAGCCCCUUUCACUGUACGUGUGCGAGAUGCUGAAUGUUUCCUGCUGAGAUGUAUUGAUAAUAAAAUGACAUGCACUGAG